AUGAAAUCAGACAAUUUACAAGUCCCCCAGGAGGAAACACUCACUUGCUCCAUCUGCCAGGGCAUCUUCAUGGAUCCGAUUGUCUUGAGGUGUGGCCAUAAGUUCUGCCAGCCUUGUCUCUUCUUUUUUUCAGGAGACAUCCAAUUGCCUGCCUACUGCCCAACGUGUAGGCAAUCAUGCCUGCAGGUGUUCCUAGAUGACACUUCUAUGAAGAAGCAGGUGUCCAUCGUCAGAAAGAAAAGGCUCAUGGAAUAUUUGAAUUCUGAGGAGCACAAGUGUGUGACCCACAAGGAGAGAAAGACAAUCUUCUGUGAUAAGAACAGGAUCCUCCUCUGUCAAUUGUGUUCUGACUCCCAGGAGCACAGAGAUCACACACACUGUUCCAUUAAUGUAGCUGUUGAGGAGCAAAUGGAGAAACUCCAAAAGCAAAUGGAUUCAUUAUGGGAGAGGAUUGGAAUCCAGCAGAAUUACAUAGAAACAGAGAGGAGAACGGCCUUGCUGUGGUUGGACUAUGUGAAGUUACGGGAGGAAACCAUCAGGGAAGUGUAUAGAAAACUAUGUCCAUCCCUCAAUGAAGAAGAGGAUCAACUUAUUGAAUAUAUGAGACAUCAAAGCAACACUAUUUUAGAGGAGCUCAGGAAAAGUGAAGCUAGGAUACUCCAUGAGAGAAGUCAACUAGUAGGGGUGUAUCGGGAGCUGAUGACAAUGUCCCAGAAGCCAUAUGAGGUGCUGCUGCAGGAUUUGGAUGACUUGCUCAGAAGGAGUGAGUUAGCAGUGAAUCUGGACAUGCCACAGGGUAUGAUACCAAGACUCAGUGCCCAUCCCAGUCCUGGGCUGACUGCAAGGUUCAACUCCUUCCGAGUGAAAAUUUCCUUUAAACAUUUAAUCAUACUCAGCUACAGACCUUUUGUUAUCAGAUGUCCCCAUGAGAACACAUGUCUGGAUUCAGUUGAAAACCAUCGUGCUUCCUGGGGAAAAAGCUUCUCCACAGGAAAAUACUACUGGGAGGUGGAUUUGAAGGACUAUGAGAAAUGGGCUGUAGGGGUCUGUAACAGUGCCUGGUUAAGGGAGGGAAACUAUGUGACGACAUCCGAAGGUGCAUUUAUUCUUGAGUGUUUUAGAAACGAAGGUCAUUACAGUCUCAUCACCAGCAGAGGAGUUGAACACUAUAUAGAGAAGCCAGUUGGCCGAGUUGGCGUGUUCCUUGAUUGUGAGGGUGGAUAUGUAAGUUUCCUGGAUGUAGCCAAGAGUUCCCUCAUACACAGCUACUCUCCUGGAACUUUCCAUUGCGCUGUCAAGCCUUUCUUCUCUGUUGUCUACACAUAA